UGGACUCUACCGGAGAACCUCCACCAGCUCCGUCUUGGGAGAAAAUAGCCAGCGCCAACCAGAAAUGACUGGGAACCUCCGCUCUGAUUGAUGAAGCCACGCUUAAUCGUCUUAAGGCAUUAGUCACGGACAUGGUCUGACUUGAUGCAAAUACUCAACUGAGGGCACAGAUGCACUUUCAAAUUGCACUCUAUGACAAACUUUUCGGCAAAUCCCCCCAUUUUGAACUAGUUAAAGCAGCUCUUCUGGGUUUAUGGAAGGGGUUUGGGAACAUCCAACUCUCCGACAUGCCAAAUGGGUACUUUGUUGUUUGAUAUGCAACUGAAGAGACCAAGUAGCAACUUCUCUUUGGGGGCCUGUGGUCGGUGAAUGGCCUUACAUUAUAGCUUGUUCCAUGGCAGCCUUUCUUCCAACCAUCAUACACCAAGCUCACUAAAGCAAUGGUUUGAAUCCAGCUUCACAAUCUCCCUGUGGAGCUUUGGGAUGGGGAAUCAUUGGAAUCACUGACUGAGCCCAUCGAGAGACUCAUCAAAGUGGAUGAGUUCACGUCAUCUCUGUUAAGAGCUAGAUAUACAAGAAUUUGUACGGAGAUCAAUCUUGCUCAUCCUCUGAAAUGAGGUUUUUGGUUAGAAAAUGGGAUGAUGGGAUAUUUGUUAUUGUCCUGUAUAAGAGGUUGCCAACCAUUUGCUUUUCUUGUGGCCUGGUUGGACAUGGAACUAACGGUUGUAGUUACCUGCCAGGAAGCAACACUGAGGACCAGAUGAUGGGAGAUUCCUCUGAUGACGGGCAACCUCCCAGUUGUGCUAAGCCUUCUCCAAAUGCUCUCGGAUCUAGGCCGGUGAUGACGCUAGUUCCAGAUGGUCUGACCUCACAUAAAACCCCCACAAUCCUGGUGAUUUAGACUUCUGGAUGUUGGUGGGCCAAUGAUGAAACAAGGGAAGAUGCAAAUAAUCUGACCAUUGGUUUACCUCAUGAUGGAACAGAUCCAACCGUUGCUGCUGAUCCCAGAAACCCUAAUCGCAAUCCUUGGCAUGGGCGAGGUGGUUUGAGCACGUCCCUUCGCCUUCGGUUUGCCACUCAGUCCUUUUCUCCAGAGCACGUCAGAAAUCCAAAGCCACUAACGGAUCCCGAGGUUUGCCAAGUUGACUCUUCAUCUCGGAACCUUUACUCUAGGGGAGUUAUGAAGUAACAAGACACCACAGAGCCUCCUAAUUCAAGGGGAAAAAGGUGGUUAUUGAAACAUCGGGGUCUUUGUCUGGUAUGAGGCUUCCCGUCUCAUCCUCCCAGAGGCACACAUCAGCAAGAAGGAACGAAUCCCUUCGAAUCAAGUAUGAUCUUCCUCCUAAAAUGAUUACUGGAGAUGAUAAAGCAGCCAACUCUGGUGGACCCACAGGCAAAGAACAUCAGAUACUCUUUGACGAGUUAGAAAAAGUCCUUUCCGAAGAUGACGAUGACUCGGAGGAGGUUGGUGACUCGAUAGAGGACUCUGAAGAUUCAGAAGAUGACAUAGAGAUGGAUGCAGAAGAAGUUGAUGAUGCCCAAACUCUAAGCAAGUUUCAAGAAGGCAUUCACAAGGAAAGCCUAGCUCAGAAAGGAGUUCAACUAUCCCCCUCAUCCCUUGAUAUCAGAGAGGGGGGCUUCAGGCUUGGACAAGAUCAACCGGAUCAGAUCCAUGAAGAAGGACCUCAAACUAGAUCUUAUUGCUUUAGUUGAGACCCGCGCUGAUGACUCCAGAAUUCGUUGUUUCUGUUCUAAAUUUUCCUAAACAAUGGAAUUGGGACUCCACUGCUUCCAAGGGCUACUCUCGAGGCAUCAUCAUCCUCUGGCAUCAGAAAAUUGGGAAAAUUACCCCUGUUGCUCACUCCAAACAUGCCCUUCACCUAAUUAUCUCCAUUUCCUGUAGUAAUCGGUGUAUUUUCACGAUGCUGUAUAACGCUCAGAGUAUCAAAAUGCAAAAGUAUUUGUAUAAGGAGCUCUCUUAGGUUUCCAACAUCAAUGUUCCUUGGGUUGUCUUAGGAGAUUUCAAUGCCAUCACUUCUCCAGAUGAACACCAGGGAAGUUCUUUUAACUAUUAUGCCAGAAAUGCUGCUCUUUUCUCAAAUUUCAUUGCUGGAAACUCUUUAAUUGAUGUGGCAUGCUCAGGGGCUGAUUUCUCUUCGUGUAAUGGUCAACGUGGUUAGUCAAGAAGAUGGGCAUGCUUGGAUAGGUGCCUGGUAAAUGACUCUUGUCUUUCCACCUUCAAUAAUCUGCAUCUUAAGUAUCUUCCAAAAAUUUUUUUCUGAUCAUGAUCCUAUGUUCACUAAUAUUUCCCAUACCUCCUUUCAUUGGCAUAAAAGUUUUUGAUUUGAAAACUAUUGGUUAGAGCAUGCGAACUACAUCUAUGCUAUUAGAAAUGCUCUUCAUUUCAGGCCUCAUUCUAAACCCAUGCAUGCUUUUUAUCAUAUUAUUUCUAGGGUGAGAUCUAGUGUGCUUUCCACUAAGCAACAUGGACUAGGUGCUCUUGAUAAAGAGAUUAAAUUGGUUGAGUCUCAAAUCCAGGCUUUAGAGGAAAAUGAUCUUAUCUCUGCUCAAUAAGACAUCCAAUGAUACUAGAAGCCUCCACAAUAAAGAUAGAGCCUUACUAAGACAAAGCCAGAGCAAGUGGGCUCAAUGUAAUAGACUGAAUUGGAUUGAUGGAGGAGACUUGAAUUCUUAUUUUUUCAUAGGAUUGUUAGAAUGAGAAGACACCACAAUUUUAUUUCCUCCAUUAGGGAUGCUGAGAGCAAUAACCUUUCGGAUAUAACUCAAAUUGAAAACUGUUUCAUUGAUCAUUUCUCAUCCCUUGGAGAAACACUGAGCAUCAAAACUUUGAUCAUAUUUUAAAUACCCUCCCCAAAGAUAUAUAUUAUCUUUCUUUAGACCAAAAGGUUUCCCUAACCACUCCAGUGACUAAGGAGGAAAUUCAUAGGACUCUGUUUUCAUUACCUGAGGGAAAGUCCCCUGGUCUUGAUGGCUUGAAUGUAGAAUUUUCCAAUUUUUCUGGGAUGACUUAGGUGACUAGCUUUUGUCAACCAUAAAUCACUUUUUUGAGAAUGCAGUAAUGCCCAAAGCCUGGGACAAGACUUACAUUACUCUAAUCCCUAAAAAAGAGCACCCUAAAUCGGUCACAGAUUAUUGCCCUAUUUCUUUGUGCAAUGUUGCCUACAAGAUUAUUACUAAGAUCUUAGCCAAUCGUCUUAAAAAGGUUGUUGACUCCCUGUUUGGUAAGAAACAAUGUGGGUUUGUCCCUAGUAGAUCCCCGAUGGAUAAUAUCAUUGCUACCCACGAGAUUGUUCACACCAUUAAUUAGGACAGAACCAUCCCCCCGAGGAUGUUAAUCAAAGUGGGCAUUGAAAAAGCUUAUGACACUAUGUAAUAGGAUGCUAUUUUUGCUACUUUAGUUAAGAUGCAAUUUCCUAGCAUUUGGGUUCCUAUAGUAUAACUUGUCUCAAUUCAACUUCCUUUUCUCUCAUUAUCAACAGCAACCCUAUUGUUUGGUUCCACCCAACUAGGGGAGUGAGUCAAGGGCAUCCUCUUUACCCUACCUCUUCAUUCUGGUUGCCCAAAAUUUAACAACCAAUCUUAAUUAUGCAAGACAGCUUGACUUGGUCCCUGCCUUCCAUAAAAAUCUGAGACAAAAUUUUAAUCAUCUUAUGUAUGCUGAUGGCUUACUGAUUAUCACUAAUGCCUCUAGAAAAGCAGCUAGAAAUGUGAAGCUCUGCCUAAAUGUUUAUUCCCAUUUGGUUGGCCAAGUGCCUAAUCUUAGCAAAUCUGAGAUCUACUUCCCAAAUUGGUUUAACAGAAGAGUUUCUCACAGCAUUUGCUCCAUUCUUCAGUUCAAUCCUGGUAAAACUCCUUUUAAAUACUUGGGGUUCUUAUUUCUCCAAAAGUUCUUGACCCUUUUCACUUUCAACUUAUGAUUGACUCUAUUAAUGCUGCAGUUGCUAAUUGGAAUAAGGCUAAUAUUUCCAAAGCUGGUAAAGCUGUCUUUAUCAAUAGUGUUUUAAUGGUUACUCCUAUUUAUUAUCUCUUUGUGUACCCAAUCUCGGAUACAAUUUUAAUUAGGUUGUCCCAAAUUGCUAGGAAAUUCCUCUAGGCUAAUAAUGGCAAUCGAAGUGGCAUCCCUUUGGUUAGUUGGAACUCUAUCACCAUGAGUAGACCUGAGGGAGGGUGUGGGUAUUAGAAAUUUGCUCAAGGUCAAACAUUCUUUGAUGGCUAAGAAUCUUUUUAAUUAUCUUAACUCUCAAGACUCUAUCUGGGGUAACAUCCUCCAGAUGAAAUAUGGCAAUUUCAAUUUUUGGACUAAAAAAACUGCUCCUAAUUGCUCUGUUUUCUUCAUAGACCCGUGUAAAUCUGCUGAUCUUCUCAAGCCUCAUAUUUGGAUCAAUGGCAUUAAUCCUGUUUCAACCUCUGUUUUGCACCAUCCCUGGCUUUUUAAAAUUCCCAUUCUUUAUAAAACCAGUAUUUUUUUUAACAUGGAUGUUGAUUUUAAAAAUUUGCAUUUGGAGGAUUUCAUUGAUAAUUCAGGGUGGAAUCUGCAUACUCUAAACUUGAUCUUGGGUUCAAAUUGGAUUUCUCCGGUCAUUAAUCAUGUGAAAAUCACCUGAGAGGAAGCUUCUCAUUGGGCGUGGUUUUCUAGGACCAGCAAUAAUAAGAUAUCAGCCUCUGUCUAUUCUUUUUUAAAUAGUACUCAGGCUGACAAUUACCAUUGGGAUGGCUGGAGGAAUAUUUGGCAUCUGAAUGUGGCCCCUAAAGCUAAAACUUUCAUUUGGUUACUAAUUCAAGGAAAGGUCAAGACUUAUGACUAUCUCUAUCACAUGAAGUUGGAUCCUCCUGAUCCUUGUGUAUUUGUGUGGUUUAACUGUUAAAACUACUGAUCAUCUUUUUCAAUUGUGUGGCAAAAGUAUACAAGUGUGGAACUUUGUUCGAGCUCAAUUUGGCAUAAAUCUUUAUUUAUCUGAUCACAUUGCCAAUGGAAUGUGGUUGGACUACAAUCACCAUGGAAACUCCAAGCAUUCUGCCUCUCUGAUAGCAGCUACUAUUUGGUACCUUUGGAAGGCCCGAUGUGAUUUCAUAUUUAGGCAGAAAAACUUGAAUUACCAUCAAAUAGCUUACAAUGCCAUCAACCACACCAAAGAGUACAUGUCCCACACUAGUAAUUUCAAAAUAUUGAGCUUCUACCUGCAUAACAGACCCAGAAUUGUGGAGAUGGGAGUUUUCUCUUCGGCUGCUUGGAAUGAAGGGACAGGUAAAGGUGGAGUUGGCUUUUUCUUUUUGGAUGCUUAUUCUAAUAUUGUUUGUGCAGGUUGUUUCCCCAUGGAAUGUAGCAGAAGAGUGGAAAUGGAGGCAAUUGCUCUCAACUUUGCCUUACAGAAGAUUGGAGAGAUGAAUUCAAGGUGUUUAAAUGUUUACAACAGUUCAAGGGAGUUGUGGGAAGUUAUACAGCGCAAUGAGAAUUUACUCCAAUGGCGAUCUUCCAAUACAGUUAACGAAACUAGGCACAGACUGUCAAGCCUUCUCAAUCCCCAAAUUGAUCUUAUUCAGCAUUCUUGGAAUAGGUUUGCAGCUUUGCUUGCCAGUCAGGGCAUCAAAGCUAGACAUUUAUCUCUAUUUUACCAAGGCAUGGAGAAACCUAAGUGGAUAAUGAAGAUGGUCUCUCAUUUGGGUCUCA